UACAGGUUUGAUAGAACAUUUGCUUUUUCUAUUUCUGCAAAGUUAGUGAUCAUCAGAGGUCCGAACCGAACCCGUAAUACCUGAGAAAUGAGCCAGUCCGACAUGAAGAGUAUCACCGUCAUCGGCAGUGGGCUGAUUGGUCGCUCCUGGGCUAUGGUGUUUGCCAGCGGAGGCUACAGCGUGAAGAUCUAUGACAACCAGCCAGGACAGGCUGUUAACGCCAUCGCAGAGAUCAGGAAGCAGCUGCAGGAGCUGGAGGAAGCUCACAUGCUCAGAGGAGAGCUGAGUGCCGGGCAGCAGCUGGCUCUGCUCAGCAGCUACGAUGACCUGGCUCAGGCACUGGAGGGAGCCUUCUUUGUCCAGGAGUGUGUGUUUGAGGACCUCAAGGUUAAGCAGAGCGUCUUCCAGGACAUAGAGCGUCUUGUUGGAAAAGAAGUCAUCCUGAGCAGCUCCACCUCUUGUCUGGUGCCAAGCAGCGUCUUCUCUACAGUCCACAACAAGAGUCGCUGCCUCGUCUCCCACCCGGUAAACCCACCCUACUAUGUCAAACUGGUGGAGCUGGUACCUCACCCAGAGACGGCAGCAAUCGUCAUGGAUACCACCCAUGCUGUGAUGACCAAGGUCGGCCAGGUACCUGUUCGCCUGAGGAGAGAGAUCGAUGGCUUCGCCCUCAACAGAGUCCAGGCGGCCAUCAUCGCAGAGUCCUGGAGGCUGGUCCAGGAUGGCGUUAUCUCAGUCAAGGACAUCGACCUGGUGAUGUCAGAGGGUUUAGGAAUGCGCUACGCCUUCAUCGGUCCCAUGGAAACGAUGCACCUCAAUGCACCUGAAGGUUUGGAAGACUACAUGAAACGCUAUGGCGAGGGAAUAGCGAGGGUCCUGACCUCCUUCGGGCCUGUACCAGACUUCCACGGCGAGGGAGCCAAGAGAAUUAAUCAUGAGAUGUGUGAGCUGAUUCCCAAUGACCAGGAGCACCUGUUGGCCAGGAAGGAGAGGAGGGACCAGCUCCUCAUGGGUCUGGCCAAGCUGAAGAAGGACCACUGAAAUACAUCCAGGGCCCAAACUCUGGAACAUAAAUGAUCAUGACUGCUGGCCGAGAAAAAAAAUGCUGUUCCAUAUUUUUUCACAAUUCGACUUCACUUGAUUACGAUUUUAAAUGUAGGAUUUUUGUGAGAUUUUACAUAGAAAUAAAAUGUAUAAGCUUAUUAAUUGCAGCACAUUGAUAAACAUUGAACAGGAACUAAACUUGUUCCAUGAUGGUGUAAAAGGGAAUCACAGGCACUAACAUAUUUUAUAUAUGACAAUGAGCAUUAUAUCAGUGCAUUUGUGAAGUGAUUCUGAAAACCUGUUUGAUUUAAGUGCCUUUUUUAUGAACAUUAAAAAAACUGUGAAGAACUAUGCAGCAGCGAUUCAAUUUCAACCUUUAUUUUUCAAAAUGUCCAGAACAUUUUUUGUUUUCGUGUCAAUCUCAACCCUCAAGACAGGAGGAUAUUUUGCUAAGUUUUAAAAUGGAAUCAAACAAUGUGAUUUUAUUCACUUAACACAUUGUGUUUUUCAUUUUCAGUUAUCCUUCGGAUGAAGCAAAAUAAAAUUAUGAUAUUGUGCUGA